UAUUUACACAUUCUUCAUAAUAGCCUUAAAAUAAAUUAUCAUAACACAAUCAAUCUAAAUGUAGAGCUUAUCCCUUCCUAUACAUUGCAACCACGGCAAUAAUGUUGGAUAAGACAACCACCACUUUUCUACUCUCAAAAUUAAAACGGAGAAAAUGAUCUGUCUCUCGCCGGACGACCGACAGGCCAUCUCGCAUAUAGCUGGCACGGGCAGGCGAGAAACUGGCCACACCUGACCUCUUUACGUCAUCGCUUGUACCCGACCAUGUUCGCAAGGGCGUGACGCCCCUUGACCGAUGGACUGCCCGUCGCGUGUUUGCUCUUUUGCGCGAGAGGCGCCCCCCUUGACCACCUCCUUGUCCUACUCGCGUGGUUGCUGUUUUGCACUAUGACCAGCUCCCCACCCCUCCUUGGGGCUGGCAGAGACCGAGACAUGCUGCCUUUCUGUGCCGUGCCUUGUCCUCUCCUUGUUCCCUCCAUCCUCCCAUCACACGUCCGGAGUAGACCGCAAAAUCCUGAUGCAAUGGCCUGCACAAGCGUCGCUGGUUCCGCGUUAAUCGAUCGGUCGGUAGAAUAUCCUGUCUGUCACGAGUUCGCGUCGAUUGAUGAGUCGUUGAAAUUUGGACAACCGUGUCCAGCCUCCGAUCUUUUCUCCGUGACGGCGUUCAACUUUUUUCCGAAUCUUAAAGCGCUCGAUCAUGGCACAAGGUAGGAGGAUUCCAUCGAAACCGCCUUCUGGCAAUUGCGAGUGUCGACAGCUCUUCUUACUCGUUCCCAGUGGCAGGCCUCGUAAUUUUCCCCGCUACUUCCCGAACCGAAGACACCCACACACACACACACACACACGCACGCACUUACGCACACUCCCUCUCCCUGCAACUUGCUCUCAUCCUCUUCGGAUACGCCCUCCGCCCAUUUUAAGUAUCCCGACUCCCUCCGCCCCGACUUAAUCCAAAUCUGAACUCCCCGUCACCAAACCCUAAUUCGAAUGGCGACGGAGGAGGAGGAGGCGGCGGCGCCCGCGAGGGAGAUGCCAACGGUGGAACCGCAGGUGUGGAAGGCCUGCGCCGGCACGGCCGCGCGCAUCCCCGCCGUGGGAUCCCGCGUGUACUACUUCCCCCAGGGCCACGCCGAGCAGGCCGGUUCCCGGCCCGACUUCUCCACCCUCCCGUCCCUCUUUAACGCCGUCCUCUGUCGGAUCUCCGCCGUCCGCCUCCACGCUAGUCCUGAGACGGACGAGGUUUUCGCUUGCAUCAGCCUCGACCCCCGCGUUCCUUCCGCCGACGUGCCGCUGCCGGGGUACAUGACCCCCUCCUCUUGCCCGUCACUGCCGGAGGUCGCAGAUGGAGGCGGCGGUGGCUUCGUCUCCUUCGCCAAGAUCCUCACCCCCAGCGACGCUAACAAUGGGGGCGGGUUUUCGGUGCCGAGGUUCUGCGCUGACUCGAUCUUUCCCCGUCUCGACUUCAACGCCUAUCCGCCGGCGCAGUUCAUCUUGGUCUACGACGUCCACGGGAAUCACUGGAAGUUUCGGCACAUCUACCGUGGGACUCCGCGGCGCCAUCUCCUGACCACCGGAUGGAGCAAGUUCGUUAACUCUAAGAAGCUCAUCGCCGGCGACUCGGUGGUGUUCAUGAGAAACUCAUCUGGCCAGAUCUUGGUUGGCAUCCGCCGCACCAGCCGUUUCUGCGGCCCUGUGGACUAUUCUCCCUGCGGCCCAUCAGCCGCGGCCCUAGUGAAUAGAGGUAGCCUCCUCGCCGGUACCGAGGGAUUCUCUAGCAACGCUAGAGGUAGAGUUCCCGCCACAUCGGUGGUGGCGGCGGUUAGAUUGGCUGGGAUGGAUCUCCCUUUCAAGGUCUUAUACUACGCGAGGGCUGGAUCUUCAGACUUUGUGGUGGCGGCGGAAUCAGUGGACGUUGCGAUGAGCGUGCGUUGGACUACUGGAAUGCGGGUUAGGAUGUCGGUGGAGACGGAGGACUCAGCGAGGAUGACUUGGUAUGAGGGCAGAGUAUCCUCAGUGAGGAUGAAUAGCGUGGACCUGUGGCCACGCUCGCCAUGGCGAAUGCUUGAGGUUACCUGGGAUGAACCAGAGAUUUUGCAAAACGUGGGAAAUGUUAGUCCCUGGCAGGUGGUGUUGGUUUCUGCUAGUCCUCAGAUAGAAUCUCAAUUUUCUGUUAUAAAGAGAAUCAAGAUGCUCGAAAGUUCAGAAUUUUGUGGUGAUAGAGAGGGUGACAUGCUCUUCCCAGUGACAGAAUUGAAGAGCACAAUUGUCGGCAGUCUACCCUCCUCUGUGUUCAGUUACAGUGUAUUUCCUGCUGGCAUGCAGGGAGCCAGGCAUUAUUCCAUUGGUACACCCAAUUUAUGUGACUCCAUAAUGAAUACCAAUCGAACAGUUCUCAAUGAUUUACAAGGUGUUAAUGCAUUACGAAAGGAUGAUGUAUCCGUGGAAUUAAAAAUUGGGGGUACUUCACAAUCAGGAGGAUCAUCUCCUCCUAGCCAGGGUGGCAUCCAGGUUUUAGACAGAAAGAUACCUGAACCAGGAAGUGAUCCCGUUAAAAAAACUAGUACAGGAUCAAUCCAGCUGUUUGGUCAAGUAAUCCAUAUUGACCAACCCACUAAUGUUGAAGCCAACAGAGAGUAUGAAGACACUGAAGGUGGAGAUGGAUCACAUGGUUCUUUUCACUAUCCGCAUAAGCAGUUGGUCAUUCAAUGUCCAAGAGUUUCUGCUAUAGGAGCUUGUCAGUGAAAAAGAUGAUGCUUGUGUUUCUAUGAUGCUUCUCGCAGGGGUGCUUUUUUAGAUGCUUGCCCCAUAUAUGACUCGAUUUAAAAGUGUACUGCCUUGUCCCCAUCAUCUAUCCAUGUGGAUUAACCUAGUAGUGAUGCUAAUCGCUUCUUUGUGAUGCUGUUGAACCCAUUUAGUUAUGAUGUUGUAAUUGCUUUGGAGACCCCAUCUCUUUGGGAAUUUUUCAGCUUCGAGUGUUUAACUUUAGUUUUUUCUCUUAUGGUUUGUGUGGUUGAACUUCAUUACUGUAUGACAGCUUUAGUUGUUUUGAGGACACCUCCUAAUUUGUGUUUUAGUA